CUGCGUUGCAACAUGAUUAAAUUUUUCUGGCUACUGUUUCCAGUCGCAUUCAUUGGCUAUGUGGCGCUCAAGUGCUUGUAUAAUAUCUACCUACACCCUCUGCGAUCGUACCCAGGACCGUUAGCUGCGAGAGCAAGCGUUCUUCCCUCACAGAAAAAUCUCCUGCGAGGCAGACUGCAUCUUUGGACACAAGAUCUGCACAGACAGUAUGGACCUGUUGUGCGCCUCUCCCCCAAUGAGCUGUCUUUCAUCGAUCCAGACGUGUGGAAAGAUGUGUACGGACAUCGCGCUUCGGCCUUCACAAAGAGUCUCUCUUCCUAUGGGCCAGAUGUGCACGGAAAUCCACCUGGAAUUCUUCGAGCCGAAAAUGCCGAUCACGCCCGCCAGAGAAAGACCGUCAGUCAUGCAUUCAGCGAUAAGGCUCUCAGGGAACAAGAAGAGCUGCUCAAAAGCUAUGUUAGCUUAUUGGUCGAAAAGCUUCAGGGCAUAGCAGCUGGUCAGCUGCAAGCAGACCUUGUGCAAUGGUACAAUUUCACCACCUUUGACAUCAUGGCAGAUUUGACAUUCGGAGAGUCACUCAACCAGUUGUCCGAUUCCGGGUACCACCCUUGGGUCUGGGCGGUCUUUUCUCACAUCAAGUUAAUCUCCUUAUCCAGAGUCUGUCGGGAGUGGCCUGGCCUGUCAGAGCUUUUUCAAAAUUUACUGCCCAAGGAUGCCAAAGAAAAACGGAGACAACAUCUUGAGUUUUCUGCAAACAUGCUGAAGAAGCGUAUGGCGCGUGAGACCGAGCGACCAGACAUUUGGACAUUCGUUAGCCGGAACGCUGGACAAAAGGGCGGCCUGCACGCUACGGAACUAAACAGCAACGGCGCCUUUUUCAUGCUCGCGGGAACUGAGACAACCGCGACCGAAUUAGCUGGUUUGACUUUCAUGCUUCUGAAAAAUCCGGACAAGAUGCAGCGUCUGACAGACGAGAUUCGCUCUUCAUUCAACUCCACCGAGGAUAUGAACAUGUCGAGUCUGUCACGUCUACAGUAUCUCGGAGCUUGUAUCGAGGAGGGCCUGCGUCUUUACCCGCCAGUGCCUGGGGGAUUGGCUAGGGUCACUCCUCAAGAUGGAGCGUCCGUGUGCGGCCGUUGGAUUCCUGGUGGUACCAUCGUACAAGCGCCAAUUUACUCAAUUCAUCGGUCCCCUACCAACUUCAAAGACUCUGACAGUUUCAAGCCCGAGCGCUUCUUGGCUGAAGGACACGAUAUAUAUCUUUCUGAUCGUCGAGAUGCGAUGAAUCCUUUCUCGACCGGCCCACGUAAUUGCCUAGGCAAGAACCUCGCGUACCACGAGAUGCGCCUCGUUAUGGCAAGCGUUCUGCUUCACUUCGAUCUCGAGUUGUGUGAUACAACAACGGAUUGGCUGCACCAGGACAUGCACCUUCUCUGGGAUAAAAACCCACUUAUGGUCAAACUUCGUGCAGUACAGUGAUAUGUGUAAAGCCAGCGGAGGUGGGCCACAGUCAAUAGAUGGACACUUUUUGUGAGCCUGUGUCUCACGCCCGAUUCUCCCAGAUCUCCCUUGUCAAUGACCGCAUACCGUGGCCGUGCGCCCGAUGAGCCAGUUCAGCCGAUGAGCCACCCCAACAAGAUAUUGACAAUAGAAAAAUGAAGCUGUAGAGCCACACUUAAAAGAUGUUAUCGCGAGACAUGUUGGUGUAUUGCUAUAUAGAGCCUUGCACUUCAAUUGUGCUAUUUAUAUUUGGCUGGUAACCGCGAGUUGCGGCCUCGCAGUGAUUUUGGGUGGGGCAGACGCAGCUGGUGGUGCAGUGUCAACACGACUUUGAGCAGCCACAACACAACAACGC